UAAUGGCUUUAACAGUCAAGGAGCAGUCGGAAGUUAGACUCAGUUUCUAUUAAGUCGAUAAUUGUUGCACGUCCUAUUAGUGAAUCUGUUAUUGUCACAUCUUUAUAAUGGCGGAACAACAAGUCCUGCAUAGGAACGGUCAUCGUAAUGGAGUGGGAUCGCGAGCGGCUCGAGUACCCGUUUCCGUCCCUUCACCUAAUUUACUCGAGUCAGUCAGCCCCACGCUCCUGCUAAUUGUCAGAUAUGGAGUUGUCAAACCGAUUCUUUCCGUAAUUUGGGCUAUCACCCACCUCAUCUACGUUCUGAUUCAUAAUGUCGACUUGGCCCAUAGUUUUCAAACAUGGAUGGCCUCAGGAAGAAAUUCAAAGCAGGAUAUACUGAUUUUGACGAAAACGAGUCAAUUUGAAAAAUUUCCAAACCAUGUGGUGAUUGCAGUGCAUAAUUACGAUGACACCGUUCAGAACAUAACGCAAUUGAGUAGAAUAAUUUGCUGGGCGUGGGUUGCCAACAUCAAGGUGAUAAGCUUGUAUGAACCAAAAGGAAUCGUCAAGUCUCAGGCGAAGAAACUUUAUGGAAUGGUUGAGAAAGCCUUGCAGGAAGCUUGUAGGGAAUUAAAAACUGGUGGAAUUGUUGGGAACAAAACCACUCCACCAAUCUUGAAGUUCUACAACAGUGGCGAUGAAGAGAUGGAUAAGCUUUCGAAUGAAACUCAAAAACCUGACGAAGCAAUCAGCCAACAACAAUCACUUCCAAUUUACUUUUGCUGUGAAAAGGAUUGCAAAUCAGGAAUUGUUAAUGCUGCAAGAAAUCUUUUUGAAAAAAAGGCAAAUGCAAAACCCACGCUCAGUUUACCAGAAGCGUUGUUCAACAAGGAUUUGGACGCUGCCACCCUCAAUAGCGCAAUUAACAAGCAAAUUGGGUGGCCCGAAUCUGAACCAAACUCCGAGCCAGAUCUUAUGAUGGUCUUUGGGAAUAUAAAAUCGACACUGGGUUUCCUGCCAUGGCAUAUUCGGCUCACCGAAAUUCAUUGGCUUCCACCAAUUCAGAAAAUCAGCCCUUUGAACUUUUACGGUUCACUCCAAAAAUAUUCUAAAUGUGAACAGCGGGUUGGUAAAUAAACUAAAGUGACAGGAUAAAUUGUCGUUUGUCGUUAUUAUUAUUACAAAGACGUUAUAUACAUAACGGUGAAUUGAAUGCAUACAUAAAACAUUCGUCCCAAUAAAUAAAUAACUAACCAUGAUCUUUCAA